AUGACUGUUAUCCGGGCAUCGGUCGUUCAGACAUGCACUGCUGCCUACUCGAUGCCUGAAACGCUCGAUAAACUACGGCGGCUUGCCAAAGUGGCGAAGGAGCGAGACGCCUCACAGUUGGCCGUCUUCCCGGAAGCCUUUAUCGGAGGAUAUCCCAAAAUGUCAACCUUUGGCGUGGUCGUCGGUGAGCGCUCGGCUGCUGGCCGCGACGAGUUCUUGAGGUACCACCAAGCAGCUAUCGAGUUGCCUUCGCCUGAGCUCGCGCAAAUCGAGGCCAUAGCGCGAGAAGUCGACAUCUUUCUUGUCGUAGGCGUCAUUGAGCGUGAUGGUGGGACACUAUACUGCACGGCCAUCUUCGUCGAUCCUGCAGAGGGUUUUGUUGCGAAGCAUAGAAAACUCAUGCCCACGGCUGCUGAACGACUCAUCUGGGGUCAAGGCGGUGCGGACACCUUGGCAGUUGUCGAGAAAGAGUUCAGCCCAUCCGUCAAAACCAAACUGUCCGCCACUAUUUGCUGGGAGAAUUAUAUGCCCCUGUUGCGAACCUUCUACUACUCGAAGGGCACCCAGAUCUACUGCGCACCCACGGUCGACGCGCGCCCCGUCUGGCAAAAUACGAUGACGCACAUUGCAUUGGAAGGCCGAUGCUUCGUACUCUCUGCCUGUCAAUACGCGCAGGAGAAGGACUACCCCGCCGACCAUGCUGUCCGAGACGCCAGUGCGCGCAACGGCGAGAACGUUAUGAUUGCUGGCGGCAGCGUUAUCAUCAGCCCUUUAGGCGACGUGCUCGCGGGCCCCCUGCUAGACGGUGAAGGAGUGCUCAGUGCUGACCUCGACCUGGACGACAUCGUGAGAGGUAAAUUCGACCACGAUGUUGUCGGACAUUACGCCAGGAAGGACAUUUUUGAACUGAAUGUGAAGGGAGCUUAA